CCGUUCUCUUAAUACAUCCAUGACAUCAACUGCUAGCUACAUUUACAUUAUUUGAGCCAGCCACCCCUGAUAUUUUAGCCAAUCUUUCCGCACUUUUGUCUGCAUUCAUUGUUCAACAAUCCAGUUGUUUUAGAUAACAGCCAUGCCUCUUCCAGACACGAUGUACUGUGCCCAGCAAAUCAACAUCCCUCCCCAGCUGCCGGACAUCCUCAAAAACUUCACUAAGGCAGCCAUCCGUACACAGCCCAAGGAUUUGCUGCUCUGGUCUGCGGCUUACUUCAGUGCGCUGUCUAAAGGAGAGUGUCUGCCUGUCAAGGACAGGCUGGAGAUGAAUGUUGCCACCCAGAAGACAGACACUGGGCUGUCUCCAGGUCUACUGAAGAUUCUCCAUAAACAGCUGUCCCCCAGGGAAACAUGCAGCAAGGAGGAACUGCAGAAGAAAUGGAAGGGUCUGUGUCUACCCAUGGAUCAGCUGGAGACCCUGCUGUCGCUGGGAAGCUUUGGCUCAGACAUUAACUGGAUGGAGUUUUUCGCCCUUGGCUGCAGUGCUCUGGGAGGGACCCUUGUGAGUUCUCUGAAGUUUGCCUGUGAGAUCCUUACAGAGGAUGACGAGGGUGGCGCUGCUAGUAUCCCGUUCAACACCUUUGGCCAACUCUACACCUACCUGGCUCACCUGGACGGGGACAUGCCACAGGAUCACAUUGACAACUUCCUCCGCAGCCUACAGGCACAAGCGGAACUCCAACAUGGCAGGAUAAAACCUCUGGACUUUAUCCAUCGGGAUGAUAUGGACUCGUCAAACGAUUCCAGAGCAACCUUUUCCGGAGCUGAAUAAGGACUAUGGAAGAGAAAUUAUAAAGCACUUUGUUUAACAGGGAAAGAUGAACUUAACCCUAAACAAAUCUGCUGGUGAGUGCAGGGUGCAGCAUGUGUAUGUUGGUGUGACCAAAAGAGAGAUUCAGCUGGAAACGCCUGCCACUACACUGUAUCUCAUUAACUAAUGUGCUAGAAACAUGGACAUCAUGCCAUCGACAUCACCCAAGGGAUGUCUUAACGGAGAGGGGUGGGGGUAAUUUAGGUUUACAACUCACCAUUAUUUUAAAGCUGAGGUGGGAUGAACCAGCAGAAAGCUCCAGGGCUGCCUAUGACAGGCAC